CCGAAACGACACGAUGCCCAACGAAUUCCCAAAUUGCCAGUCAUGCAUACGCCUCUAGGGUUCAAAUAAGAGAGGUUGGAUGGGUAUCGCCCCGGCUCGUAGCUCCCUUCGCCGCCAAACCUCCUCUUCUCCUCUCGCAGAACACUCGGUCUGAGGAGGGAAGAGAAAUUCGUCUGAACAAUGAGCAAGUUACAAAGUGAUGUUCUGAGAGAAGCAAUCUCCCAGGUUGUUGGUGAUUCUCGGGAAAAGAAACGCAAAUUCACUGAAACAGUAGAGUUGCAAAUUGGGCUAAAAAAUUAUGACCCUCAAAAAGACAAGAGAUUCAGUGGGUCUGUGAAGUUACCUCACAUUCCUCGUCCCAAAAUGAAGGUUUGCAUGCUUGGGGAUGCUCAACAUGUUGAGGAGGCUGAGAAGAUAGGACUCGACUACAUGGAUGUUGAAAGUUUAAAAAAGAUGAACAAAAAUAAGAAGUUGGUUAAAAAACUCGCUAAGAAGUACCAUGCUUUCCUAGCAUCAGAAGCUAUCAUCAAACAGAUUCCUCGUCUCCUUGGACCUGGUCUUAACAAGGCAGGGAAGUUCCCCACGUUGGUAACUCACCAGGAAUCUUUGGAGGCAAAAGUUAAUGAGACAAAAGCAAUGGUGAAAUUUCAACUUAAGAAGGUUCUUUGCAUGGGUGUUGCAGUGGGUAACUGUGCUAUGGAGGAGAAGCAGAUCUUUCAGAAUGUUCAACUCAGCGUCAAUUUUCUUGUGUCUUUGCUGAAGAAGAACUGGCAAAAUGUCAGGUGCUUGUACUUGAAGAGCACCAUGGGGAAGCCAUACCGAGUAUUCUAGUUGGCUCCUUGCUCAGGCUAGUGACUGAUGAACUGAAAGAUCUUUGCCCUCUGUUACCUUUCAUAUUUACAUCUAUUAUCAAUUUUUUGUUACUGAGGGCACCAAACACUAAUGGAGAAUUUAUUCUGUGUCUAAAAUCAAAUUUUUGUUUAUUAAGAAAUAGCAAAUAGGUGUGGAUGCAAACACUUACAGGAUAUUCUUAUUCUGCUUCUAAUAGUUUGGAUUUAAUGCAUUGUUGUGGACUGUCA